AUGGAAGUCGAAUAUGGCUUGCUUGUACAACAAUUGGAAACCUUGUUUGCUGAGCCCGUUAAAGAUUUGGAUAGUCUGGUUGAAGCCUUAAAACAGAUCGCCCGGAAGGCUCAUACGACCGUUCAUUAUUUUACGGCUUUUCUCCUUGCACACCCCUUCAACAGAGAAGACCUUGGUUUGAAUGAAGG